AUGGGCCGCUUUCAACCCAAGGCUCAUUUUCUCGACGUCCACCUCGCCAACGGAGGACAUCACUCUACGACUUUGACCACGACCACCACUACUACGACCACGACUUCUGCGCCGAUCUAUUCGUCCUACUUUGCCGGCGCGAUCAAACCCGAGAUCACCCAUUUGCGAUUAUCUCCACCCCGAGAGGAGUCCACGCGAGUGCAAUUGCAGAAGCAGCGAUUAAAAGAGCAACAACAUGCGAAGCAGCUGGUGAGCACCACAAUUCCUGGAUACAAGACCUCGGCCGCUUUCUUCGCCUCGCUCCGAACCAACCUCCGCUUGCACGCAUCACCACCGCCCUCGCCAAUCUCGACGCCCAAUUCUAUGCGCGGAUCUGCAGCAUCCCUGCCACCACCAUCACCACUCGCCGUCCCCAUCAUGGAAUCCGAAGUUCCAGAAACCACCAACGAUCCGCUCAGCGGCGUGCCCGAAUUGAAAUCGUAUCUAGCGACCGAGGAGAGAGACCGCCUGGAUGGUCUGAACUUGGUCGCGGAUAGUGUCGCACAGCAGCGCAAUGCAGCCAACCGAGCUUUGAUCUUCCACCCGCUGAAUAUGGCUGUCUGGGUCGGGGUCGUAGGAAUUGUGUGGAGGUACCUUCUGAGCAGAGGGUUCGACUACAUUGCAUGCGGGUUGGUCUCCGUCGCGAUCGCCAUGGCCACGCUGUUGGGCAUGAGAUAUCUGACCGAGGCAUACCUCGGCGUAGCGGAGAAGAUCAACUGGGACUGGGCGGGUGAUGUGGAUGUGAUAAUCACAAAGUUCGGGAAUGAGGUGAUCGGGGCGUGCAUAAUCGAGUGGGUGUCUGGCGACAGCAGGAAAGGGAAGAAGAAGGCGUGGAGGGGGUACAUAAAGGGCUGGACCGUGAUUCUGCGGUAUCGACACAAGGGCGUGGGCAAGGCAUUGCUGGAGGAUGCCGUGAAAGAGGCGAAGAAGAAGGGAGCGGAGAGUUUGGAGUUUGCGGACGAUCAUGCGAACUCGACACGGAUCCUCCCGAAGAUGUACAACGGAGCCAUGGACCGCAACGAGCGCAAGAGCAUCGAGAUGCUGGCGGACCUGUGCGAGACGAGUCCCGUGCGAGGCAAGAGGUUAAAGUGA